AUGUCGCUCUUUGGAGGACAGGCCCCGUCGGGCGGUAGCUUGUUCGGAAACACGGCCAAUAAAUCCAGCUCCUUUGGCGGUCUCGGUUCCAGCACGACCACACCAAAUCAACCCAGCGGUGGAGGCUUAUUCGGGUCAACGCAGAACCAGCAACAAGGUUCGACGGGAGGCGGCCUGUUCGGGUCUAAUACAGCCUCGCAACCACAGCAGCAGCAGCCGCAGCAACCCGGAGGCUUGGGAGCUUGUUCGGUGGGGGGUGGUGGUUUCGGGCAGCCGCAGCAACCCCAACAACAGCAGCCACAACAAUCCGGUGGUCUUUUCGGAUCGUCGCUGCAGCAGAAACCACAGGGUAGUCUUUUCGGAGGAACCGGCCAACAACAGCAGCAGCAGCAGCCCGCAGCUGGGGGUGGUGGGCUUUUUGGACUCGGGGCCAGUACACAGCAACAGCAGCAGCAGCCCCAACAGCAAGGCAGUCUGCUCGGUGGAUCGCUGCUUGGAGGCCAGCAACAACAGCAGCCCCAACAAGCGCAGCAAUCGCAGCUUGGCCAAACCACCAUGACCCAGCCCCAGACCCAGCAGCAACAGCCGUCCCUGUCCUCGAGCCUGUGGUCUCCCGGGCGUGCGAUUACUGGAGUGCACCGGACUGUUCCCAUGCAGAUCGCCAUCGUCAAGGAAAAGUGGGACGCGCCAAGUCAAUCCUCCCCUUUCAGAGCCUAUCUCUAUAAUAAUGUCGGCGAAGAGGCUGCGCCGUUCUAUCAACCAGGAGCCGAGGACGAUGAAACAAAGUGGGAGGAUGCCUUGCGCAAGCGACCUGGCUCGGGGUACGUCCCUGUGCUUGUCAAGGGCUUCUGGGAUCUCGGAAAGCGCGCACAGCGGCAGAAGGACUUUCUUACGAUGAUGCAAGCGCGUCUCCAUGAGAUUAACAACUGCCUGACCGACCUACUCUCGCGACACGACCUGAAGAUUUCCGUCAAGAUCGCCGAUUGCCGACGGAAACACCUUGUCCUCAGCAAGCGCUGUCUGGCCUUGGCUGCCAAGACGCAGGUCUUGCGCAACCGUGGCUACGCGAUGGAUGAUGCAGAGGAGGAAUUGAAGAAAAAGCUUACGCAGCUGGAACGUUCUGUCUUUGACCCUUCCCUGAACGGCCGAGGCGAAGAGAUCUGGGCUCGUAUGCUGGCUAUCCAUGAGCAUUCGAAGCGGCUCCAAGCGGAGAUGGACCGUGCUGGUGCGACUGUGGCAGCAUUAGCGGAGGAGGACAUUGACGAGCAGACCAUGAAAACUGCCAAGAAGAUUCUUGACGAUUACCACGCCCAGAUCCAGCACUUGCAAAAGGAGCUGGAAUCGGUGAAGAAAGACUUCGAGGAGGCACAGAAACUUAACGGAAACUGA